GAAUUCAAACUCUGUGGGGCCUGCCAGAGGGAGCCCAACGGCUCUUUGGGCCUCCGCUGGGGCCUUGUGGUGGACUGAGCGAGCGCUCGUCGACUGACGUCCGUGACUGGCGGAGCUGCUCUCGUCGUGUGCAUCGGGCGUGAAUCGGGACAUGAGAGUGAGUGCAGAGCGAACGGCAUUUCGGAUUUCUUCUUCACUUUCCUCGGCUCCUAGCGUGCCAGUAAUUUGUUCUCUUGCGCCACCGUUAAAAUUUUUCUCUUUCCGUCGUACUUCUUCUGCGCUUCGAUCGUCGAGUAUUACUACUACUACUACUACUACUACUACUUCACCUGCCCUGACCGAUCGUUGCUUCAUCGUCAACUAGUGAAAUUCUCUCACGUAUUCAGUCUUUCGCGGAAUUGACUGGUGUUACCGUUCGUCGACGUGAUUGCCCCGUUCGACUGCUGAGAACAGCGCUUUCUGUGCUGCCCGUCGAAUUUGUGCUCCAAGAUAUCAAGCCACCGCUGCUUUGUGGUGCGAACUGAAAGUAGCCAUGACUGGAGUUUGUAUCCGGGAGAGCUAGACAUGUCGUGGUAUCAUGGAUACAAAUAUUACUCAAAACGACGAGCAUGUUAAAUGAAGGAGGGGAGCAGCUGAUGCUGACAGAGUGUAAUUGAUACUUCACUACUGAUCCGAUGGCGACAAGGACGCCGAGCACGCCCCGUGUUACGGGGCUUACGUUAUCCAAUGUCGCCUCUGCUACCCCGACUCCAAUGCAGCAGCUCGGAGGAGGUGGAGGAGGGAGCUCGCACCCUGUGGAGGUUGUGGGGAGGAUCCGUGAGCAUCCGGAUGGCAGAGACGAGCCAUCAGCAAUUCAGGUUUUACCGAAUGGACGAGACUUGCGAAUCAGGCAGGCAGAUCACUUGCAGUACAGAGACUUCUCGCUGGAUGGCGUUUCAAGAGCAGAGGAUGAAAGCUUAGAGGCUUUCUACAAAAAGUAUGCUGAGGCUCGGGUUGAUGAUGUGAAGGGUGGAGGAAAAUGCACCAUAAUGAUGUACGGUCCGACAGGAGCCGGAAAGAGCCACACCAUGUUUGGGUCCCAGCGUGAGCGAGGAGUUGCAUACCACGCUCUUCGCCAAAUCAUGGGUAUGGAGCCCGGGGAAAGUAGUUCCUCUCGCGAGGUCACGGUCAGAGCGUCCGUUUGGGAGAUUUUCAACGAGGAGAUAUUUGAUCUCCUAGCUCAAACAACCAACCCACCAGGAUCAAUGAAAGGAGCAUCCAACAGGGUAAAGCUUGUAAUGCGAGGGCACAGAGUUGUGAAUUCGACAACUCAAGAGGAUACCGAUGCCAACAGACUCGUCAAGGAAAUUCAAAAAGUGGAGAAGAGGAGAGUCACGAAAAAUACCAACUGCAACGAUCGUAGUUCCCGCAGUCACUGUGUGGUUACCUUCGAGGUCCCAGCAGUUGGAGGUCGGUUGGUUUUGGUGGACAUGGCUGGGUCUGAAAACAUAGAGCAAGCUGGUAUCGGCAUGGACGCCAGAAUGCAGACGGGUAAAAUUAAUCAAGGAAACGGAGCCUUGAAACGAGUCGUGGAGGCUAUAGCGGCCCAGAGUGAUCACAUACCCUACAGAGACAGCAAGCUUACUAUGCUCCUCCAGGAUUCUUUUGAAACAGUGAAUGCCAAGAUUUUGAUGAUCCUGUGCGCAAGCCCAUGCCCGAGGGAUUUGUACAAGACGAUGGGAACUUUCGAGUACGGUGCGAAGGCCAAGACCAUAGUCCGCCUCCCUAAUUCUCCAGCGAAGGAGAAAAUACCUGAAGCGGAUGUGAAAACACUGGCGACUAUGCAAGCAAGAAUAGCCCAGAAGGAUAUCAGCAUAGAAACUCUCAGACGAGAGAAGGAGAAAUCAGAGCGAGAGAAGGAAGCCAAGCAGAAGGAGGUCACGGACCUGAAAAAAAGAGUGGAGGAUAUCGAGAGCCAGCUGAGCAGUAAGAAGGAUGAUAUCUCUCGUGAUUUUCUAGAUACGAAACUGAGGCUUGAGGAGUUGGAACGGCAACUGGACCUGAAGCAGAAAGAGCUGGAAUUUCAGCGUUCACGCGCUGACAAGGCUGAGGCAGAGUUGAGAGAGCUCAGGAAGUCUUACAACAGCUUGAAAUCUGAAUCCAAAGAUUCUGGAGGACGUUCAAUCAAACACAUUAAGGUGGAGUCGCCCCGGAAUCGACUCGAAAAAACCAAAAGUUUCCCGGACAGGACUCAAGUCUCUGAUACAGACACCAUGGGACUUGUAGCUUCGAGUCCCAAGACCGAAAAUGGUAAAUUUACCACUCCCGUCACGAAGAAAUUUUCUUCCUCUGUGCUUUCAUUCUUCAGGAGCAACAGUGAUUCGCAGGAGCAAGUUUCUUCGACCAAGAAAUCUACCCCGAGUCAGGAAGAGAACGGUAGCAAGCUGAAGGAAAUUCCUGUGCAACAUACAAGCGGUGGAGAAAGAAAGAGAAAGGAACAGUCGUCGACUCUGAGAGAUCUUCUGAACAGGAGGGAAGAAGAACAAGUUUCCAAAACCAUGAAAAAUUCUCCUCUAGAAGAAGUAGUAGUCAGAGAGAGUCCCAUCCAAGGAGAUACUCAGCAAAGCUGGCCCACUGCGUUCAAUUACGCUUCGGCUGUCACGCCUCCUAGUAACGAGAUGCAGACAGAGCCUGAGAGCAUGGUGUGUGAUUCCUCACCUGAAGAUCAGGAGGAUGAGGAAAUGGUUCUCCAAGUCGAAAAGGAUCCCCUUGGCCUCGGUACCUGGAGUGAAGCGAAGUUGCACAGGAAGGGUUGGCUUCCCAUAAUCCACGAAGAGCAGGAGGAUGAAGGCGAAGACAAUUCUGCCGGCAGGCCUUUUGCUAGCUGCCCCAGGUUUACCGACAGCAAUGCCGCUCAGAGAUUCAUUCCCAGCUUCACAGCAAACAGCCUCAAUGGCACUGCGUCGGCAGCGGAGAAUCUAUCUUCCCAGAAUUUGUACCGAGACAAAUUUCUCGCGAUCUCGUCAAUCCAGGAAGAAGAGGAACCCAACGCUUUCGAAAGGCGCCUGGAAGCUGGAGGAGGAGUUCGACCUCUGAGCUACUUCGACCAGGAGCCGGAAUCCCCCAAAAAGGAAGAACCAAGCGAGGUCGAUGCUUUGAUCGGCAGGCUGACUCCACGAAACGCAUCAGAUCGAGAAAUGCCCGGACCGUCAGGACGCGAGGAGCCUGAGACCGUCGAAGCCAUAUCGGCCCGGAAAGCCAGAAUCGAGAACAUUUUCAUGCUCUGUGGGCACAGCAGAGAGGUGAAAUCACGCACCACUCCGGGAGAAGGCGAAUCUCCAAUGUGUUCUCAGAGCCCCGGAUCGCGCAGGGCGAGUCCCGAUCAUCAGAAGCCGACAGGCAAUAUCGUCCGAGAAUUGUACUCGCUUCAGGAUUCGGUCUCGCCAUUCUCACCACCACAGCAGCCCAGACUCUUGUCGCCCAUGUCCAGUCCUUUAUCGCACUCCUUCCGAGAGAACCAGUCGCACCUGUGCCUGGAGGCCGAUGGCUACUACAGCCCCGCGAGGCCGACCCACCGAGCGACCAGAAGCUACGAUGAAGAUCUCCUGUCUCAUGAGAACCUCAGCUCCUAUUUGGCAUCGCCUCUCCCAGUCUUACCUUCUCCUCAGAAAUCCGAUUCCCCUGCACGGCAUCGAAAAUUCAGGAACGGCAGCCUCUUCUCGCAACCGAAAUCGAUCGGAUUGACGCCCAAGCUCGACUACCAGGAGACGUCCCCGAUUGCGUCGCGACUGGCAGCAGCGCCAGCGCCAGCGUCGCCCGCGUACCACCUCGGAGGCUAUGCCAACGAGAACGUCCCGACGAGCAUCGUGGUGGUAGCAGGGGACGAGAAUGUGCCCGCCAUCAACAACCCGGACGCCAUCAUGCAGUGCGAUGUGUACGUGAAGUGGGAGUCGUCCAAGGACUCGUCGGGCAAGAUGAUCUGCGUGCUGAAAGUGGCCAAGGGCUCCACACUGGCCGAGCUGCGACGAGAAAUUCUGCCCCACAUUGCCACCACCAGUAAACAUGGCUUCAACUUCCUCAUGCUCGGGGACGCGGGCGGAGCUCCUGUGGAGAGGGAUCUGGAAUGCGAUUUGCGGGUGUCGUCGCUGCCCGACGGCCCCGGCAGCAGCAGCCAGAGCAGCCGCCUGGCAUCUCUGCGUCCUCCGGCGACGACGCCCACUCUGCUCGCCACGGCCCCGAGCAAGGUCGUGGCGAGCACUCCGUUCCGGCCCAUAGAGAAUCACUUGUCGACUCCGAAUUCGCUUCCUCUGCACUCGAAGGCCGCUUCGAAGCUGGGCAACUUGAGUGGCUCCAACUCGACCGGCAAGUUUCCCUCGAGCUCAGGUAACAACAAUUCCAUGUCGCUCGUCAAAGGGCUUCGCACGCUGGCAAAUGGUGUGGGCAUCCGCUCAGGCUCGACGGUGAAGUAGAACGCCAAUUUGUGUGGAAGAAGAAGAAGAAGCGCAGCUCCUCGCUUCGGAGCGCUCGUAGAAAGAAUCGAUCGAAUCGAUACAGAACUGAAGAUUGUACAGCGUCAUUCGUUCUGUUUGUGUAAUUCGAGGUAGUUUUGCUCGACUCACUCGGAAAUGACUACCUGUGUCAUUUGCUGCUCUGCGCGCUGAUCAGCGACGAGCAACCUUCCUGCCCUUGCCAUCAGUUGACUCCACGACGGAGGUCCUUCUCGUGGAGGACUGACUCGCGGACGUCUUGCUGACGAAGACAUAAGUAACUUAAUUGUUGCAAUCCCUGCAAUUUCAGCUUUGAUCUUGUUGUACUGCGUGCAUUUCCUGGGAGAAUUUCCUAGGGCACUUAUAAGCAAUUUAGUGUAUACUUCUUGUAUUAUCACCA